AUGGCGAAAGGAAAAAAGGGAAUUGAAUACAGACAACGCCUAAAAGAAUUGAAAAACAAGUUGAAGCCGUACCGCAACAAACAGACUGUAAACCUACUCCGGGUGAUCACAGGAUCAUCCGGUGUACAAUUGGAUAAUUACUGGGAAAGCUUAGAAAGUGUGUUAACUGGGCAAUACAGUUCUCGUGUAGUCCAAGAGAGAAUUCAGAGUGUAGUCAAUAUGAUUACUGAGAAUCAAGAGAAAAACACCAAAGCAGCAUCCCACUCCAACUCAAUAGGACAUAAAACAUUGAUGAACGAAUUUGAACACUUUAAUUUCGAGUCCAAAGCAAACGAGUCUGACAAUGUGACACAUGUUGACAUUGACUCAAAAGCCAAUGUGCUUGGUGAUGUCAGAUAUGUUAGCGUUGACUCAAAAGCCAGCGUGCUUGGAAAUAUGACACAUGGUAACAUCAACUCUAAUUCUAAUGUGUGGCAAGAUACCAUUGACUCAAAAGCCAAUGUGCUUGGAAAUAUGACACAUGGUAACAUUAAUCCAAAUUCUAAUGUAUGGCAAGGUACCGUUGACACGAAGGCAAACAUGAUCAACAGAUUACAACACUUACAUAUAGGCAGUGGUUGUAGUUCAGAUUGUUACAGAAGAUUCUAG